AUUCAUCUCCCACGCGGGAGUUCUGGGCCAACCCUCAACCAUCCCUCCGCUUCACUAUAAUAUUUAUUCAUCUGCAGCACCAUCAGCAUCAGUUACACCAUUUCUUGCAUUGACCCUGUUUCUUUACUCCCAACGUCGUUUUUUCUUUUUGGGUUAAAAAUUCAUCUCUAGUGUUCAUUGAAGGUCACAGGCUAUAGCAGUAAUGGGGGACUCUUCUGCCUCUUCUGCUUCAUACAUACACAUGGUGCAACACCUGAUCGAGAAAUGUUUGAUCUUCCACAUGACCAAAGAACAGUGCAUGGAAGCCCUUUCCAAACAUGCUGACAUCCAACCAGUCAUCACGUCUACUGUGUGGAAUGAAUUGGAGAAAGAGAAUAAGGAAUUCUUUGAGGUCUACUACACUCAAACUCGAACCAGAGAUGAUGAUCAGAUGUCAGAGACAGAGACAACUGAAAUGAUCCAGAAGAUGAUAACCAAGUCCUCCAAACACUCGGACACAUAAUGAUCUCUACCUUGUGAUUCUGGUUGGUCGUUGCCCAUUAAAAAAUAAAUAAUUAAAUAAAUGAAACAGCUUUAUAUCGACGGAAAGAGAGAAGAUCUGUAUACUGCAUAUAUACCGUGGCCCAUCUCCCCAUUGUCCGCUAACCUAUUCUACAUGCAUAACCAAUUACGUCUAGCCGCAUCACAAUCUGAUGAAAUAUUGGGUAAGGUUUAAUAUUUCAGCUAUCUUCUCAAAAUACCGAACAAUUUCCUUUGGAAAUUGGGUAGUUAACUGUAUAAACCUAUGCAGUGGAUUAAGCACAGGGAGAUAGAGACUCCUAGAAUGAUGGUUUGUUACGUUUUUGUGUGGAAUGUGCUAUGUUUAAUUUGUUCUUCUUAUAUUGUAAAGACUAUUAUGUGGCGUUAGUAGUUAAUUGAAGCAGAACCAGUUGGCGGCCACUAGGCAGACUCAUAGUCAUAAUGGUCUUGACUUUUUCCUAGUUCUGUAAAAGUAUGAAAUAAUGUUGAUGGCAACCACUUUGGGGUUGAAGCAGCAGUCCUGAAAUGACUGCCAGAGCUCUCAUCACAAUUAUGGAUCGUGCAUGCAUGUCCUUUGCUUCUCCUCAUCCGGCCGUACCACAGCGGUACAUGGGUCCAAAUGAGAUGAAUAUUGAUGACAAUAUGGAUGCCAUAUAUAUGAAGCCCAAACCCUGUUCCAAGGAUUGCAAAUGUUCCUAAUUAGGA